GGGGUCGGGCUUGGGGGCUCGAUGGGGGGAGGGGCGUGGCUUGAGGAGAGGGUCGCGUGCGCGCUAAUCAGGAGGGCGUGGCCUCGCCCCGCGGUGACGUACCGUGGGGUGGGCUCACCCCUGUUGCCUGGCGUCAAAGAGAGGCGGGCUUUCCCGCCAAUUCGUUGAAAAAUAAGUAAGUGGAAAAAUGAGUUUUGGGGUCGUUGUCGCCGUAUUGGCCUGUGAGACACGGAGGAUGGUGACCUGGUUUGAAUGGCAGUGGUGACGUAAGGGUCUGGGGCUUUUUAUCGUUUAAGAGGCGUGGCUUGGCCUCUAGGAGGCGUGGCUUGGUGGCUGGUAGUCGCGACCUGGAUCCGGGGGCGUGGCCUCGGCUGGAGUCUAGAUGCUAAAGGGGCGUGGCCGCUCAACCUCGUGACAAGGGGGCGUGGCCUGAGAGGGCUGCGAGAAGGGGCGUGCUUCUGUGUACGGUAUCUGUCGCACCCAGGACCUGGCACUCUUCCUUCUUUCUUAGGUGCCUCCUCAUGGAGCCCCCCACGGCCGCCGCCCCUGCCGGGAGCCUCAUCCCCUCAAUUCUGCUCCUGGCCAGUGGUACAGUGGUGGUUGCCCUUCUGGGCGCCGCGCACCACCUGGGGCUCUUCUACCAGCUGAGGCACAAGGUGGACAAGGCCAGUGUCCGGCAUGGUGGGGAGAACGUGGCGGCCGUGCUGCGUGCCCACGGUGUGCGCUUCCUGUUCACGCUGGUCGGUGGGCACAUCUCCCCGCUCCUGGUAGCCUGUGAGAAGCUGGGCAUCCGCGUGGUGGACACGCGCCAUGAGGUCACAGCUGUCUUUGCAGCUGAUGCCGUGGCCCGCCUGACCGGGACGGUGGGCGUAGCGGCGGUGACGGCAGGCCCUGGCCUCACCAACACUGUGACAGCGAUAAAGAAUGCCCAGAUGGCUCAGUCCCCGGUCCUGCUCCUGGGAGGUGCCGCUAGCACCCUGCUGCAGAACCGGGGGGCACUCCAGGCCAUUGACCAGAUGUCACUGUUCCGGCCACUCUGCAAGUUCUGUGCGUCUGUGCGGAGGGUGCGCGACAUCGUGCCCACCCUGAGGGCUGCCAUGGCCGCUGCCCAGUCGGGCACGCCGGGCCCAGUGUUCGUGGAGCUGCCCGUUGAUGUGCUGUACCCCUACUUCAUGGUCCAGAAGGAGAUGUUGCCCAUCAAACCACCCAAGGGCCUCCUGGGUUGGGCGGUCACCUGGUACUUAGAGAAUCACCUGGCCAACCUCUUUGCGGGGGCCUGGGAGCCUCAGCCAGAAGGGCCCCUGCCCUUGGACAUUCCCCAAGCGGCCCCCCAGCAGGUCCAGCGCUGCGUGGAGAUCUUGAGCCGGGCCAAGAGGCCCCUGAUAGUACUGGGGAGCCAGGCCCUGUUGCCCCCGACACCAGCUGACAAGCUUCGGGCCGCCGUUGAGACCCUGGGAGUCCCCUGCUUCCUGGGAGGCAUGGCACGGGGGCUGCUGGGCCGCAACAACCCCCUCCAUAUCCGGCAGAACCGCAGUGCCGCUCUAAAGAAGGCCGAUGUGGUCAUCCUGGCAGGAACUGUGUGCGACUUCCGCCUGUCCUACGGCCGUGUCCUCAGCCGCAGCAGCAAGAUCAUCGUUGCCAACCGUAACCGGGAAGAGAUGCUGCUCAACUCGGACUUAUUUUGGAAGCCCCAGGAAGCCGUGCAGGGAGACGUGGCCUCUUUCAUGCUGAAGCUGGGGGAGGGCCUGCGGGGCCACACAUGGGGACCAGACUGGGUGGAGGAGCUUCGAGAAGCCGACCGGCAGAAGGAACAGACUUUCCGGGAGAAGGCGGCAAGGCCUGUGGCCCAGCACCUGAACCCGGUGUGGGUGCUACAGCUGGUGGAUGAGACCCUGCCUGAGGACUCAGUCCUGGUAGUUGAUGGUGGGGACUUUGUGGGCACUGCUGCCCACCUGGUGCGGCCUCGUGGGCCCUUGUGCUGGCUGGAUCCUGGGGCCUUCGGGACGCUGGGGGUUGGUGCAGGGUUCGCGCUUGGGGCCAAGCUGUGCAGGCCGGACACCGAGGUCUGGUGCCUGUUUGGGGAUGGAGCCUUUGGCUACAGCCUCAUUGAGUUUGACACCUUUGUCAGACACAAGAUCCCGGUGAUCGCCUUGGUGGGGAACGACGCUGGCUGGACACAGAUUUCCCGGGAACAGGUGCCCUCUCUGGGUAGCAACGUGGCCUGUGGCCUGGCCUACACGGAUUAUCACAAGGCAGCUAUGGGUCUGGGGGCCCGGGGAUUGCUGCUGUCUCGGGAGAAUGAGGAUCAGGUGGUCCAGGUGCUGCGUGAGGCCCAGCAGCAGUGCCAAGACGGCCACCCAGUCGUGGUUAACAUCCUUAUCGGGAAGACUGACUUCCGGGAUGGCUCCAUCGCUGUGUAGGGCCUUGUGGAUUGGGACCCUUGGCUCCUUCCCACCCCUGGACUGUGUCCUGCUGGCCUCAUCCUUGCCUGCUUCAGGCCCACCCUGUGACCCCAGUGACUCCUCAACCUCCCUGAGGACAGGGAGGGGCUGGAGGAGUCAGGGCCCAGGGAGGAUCCCAGAAGUGCUGGGCAAAUCUUAGGCCUUUUGCUUGGCUUCUUGGACUGAAUAAACCAUCUCUGG